CUGGUGACGAUGUGGGGCGUGUGGAACAGCGUGGCGAGCUACAGACUGGAGGAAAACAGAGAAGAAGGAGACUUUUUGUCGACAGAAGAAAACACAGCUUUGGAAGCCUGCACAGCUCUUUCUUAUCUUUUUGGCUUUUUGCCUGUUGUUAUUCUCGACGUUGUGCUGCCUUCGAGGACAAAAUACUCGUGGGUAACUCAUCUUUCCUUUUUGGGGACAAGUGCCGCCACAAUAAUUGUCCGGGGCGUUUUAAACCCCCGUUUUAUUGCGCCUUCUUUCGUGACACGCGGCGGCGGGUGGACCGGCUGGAGUCGGACUUGA